UCAAUUUUUAAGUUGUAUUAAAAGUUCAAACUCACUUUUAAAUGGAUUUUAUUUUUUAAAGGGGCCUUUAUGAAACAUAAACAACAGUAAAAAAAAAAAACAUGAAAAAAACUUGUGUUUGAAAUUAUUAGCAAGCCUUCAUAUAGUUAUAUUCACAAUUAAAUGUUAGAGAAAAAUAUCUAAGCAAGAAUGGAUGGAUUAAAACAUUAAACAAACACAAAGAAAGCUGGAUGUUGACCCAAAUAUUUUAUUUUGAAGGGCAAAAUAGGACUUGAUGCUUCAAAAAUAAAUAAAUAAAAUGGGGUUUGAAAGUAAACUUCAAAAGAAAAAAGAAAAGAUGCUCUCCCCUCCUGGUGUAGGCAGACGCUGCAGAAAAACGGACCAAUCAGAGGAGCUCCAGCAGGAGGAGCUGCAGACUUUGUUCAGCAGCUCCGCACAAAGUUGCAGAGCAUCCGCGAGUCUCCGCCGACCCUCCUGCCUGCAUCCCUCUGUACUUGGCAGCUCUCUCCUCCUGCGGCAGCAUCACCUCCAGCACUGCGAUUCUCCUGCCCUUUGGAGCUUUUGCCCGCCGACAAAGAUGCUGGCUUGCACAGAGAUGAUCACCAUGUGUCUCCAGUCGGCCAAACAGAAGCAUCUUCUGGCUCAGCAGCUGCAGCAUCAGCACCAGCAGCAGCCGCCUCACACCGCCGGACACGGGCUUGCUAUUCUUCAUGAUAUCUUCCGCAGAGCUGACAAAAACGACGAUGGCAAGCUGUCUUUUGAAGAGUUCAAUGCUUAUUUUGCUGAUGGGAUCCUGACGACUGAGGAGCUGCAGGAGCUUUUCUACUCCAUAGAUGGUCGACAGAAUAACAAUCUGGACACCGACAAGCUAUCAGAUUAUUUCUCUCAGCACCUGGGGGAAUAUUUAAAUGUCCUGUCGUCUCUGGAGAGUCUGAAUAUUGCCAUUUUGAAGGCAAUGGAUAAAACUAAGGAGGAGUAUCAGGGAGCCAGCGUGUUGGGUCAGUUUGUCACCAGGUUCAUGCUCAGAGAGACGUCCAGCCAGCUGCUGUCUCUGCAGAGGUCCCUGCAGUGUGCCAUGGAGGCCGUGGAGGAGCAAAGCAGCCCCGCCCCGAGGGAGGCUAAGGCGCCGGCGCUGACAGCGGUACAGAGAGACGGCAGGCAAUGUGGCCGCAGGGUCAACAACAACCUCUGCAUGUCCUCUCUGGAGCUGAGCUCCAACACCCUGAACACAAGCGUCACCACUGAGAACGGAGAGAACUGGUCCUCUCAGAUCAACCGGCUGCAGCUACUUUUGGACAAACUGGAGUUUCAGGGUCCCAAGCUGGAGCCGCUGCAGGAGGAUACACUGUCGAGCACGUGCAAGUCUGAGAAUCAGAACAUUCUGCUAGUUCAAAGGCAGAUGUCCGUGAUUGACGACGAUCUGGAUAAUUUCCAGAAAGUUUUGAAGAGCUACACUGAUGCCACCUCAGCUCAGGCUGACAACCUGCACGUGUCUGUUCAGAAGCUCCCCGGAAAGUUGUGUUACAUAAUGUAUGAGUUCUGGCGAGACCGCGUCUCCUGGAUGAGCUACCUUCAGUCCAACAGCAGCAAAGACUUCCAGCGCUGCAUCAUUGACAUGUUGGAGGAUGCUGAAAUAAUCAGUACCAUGCUGCUCCCAGCUUCCUGGUGGAUUAUGACUACCAACUAGAACCCAGAGUGUCAUAUCCGCUGCCUACAUGUUUCACGGACACAGUGGCGCAUCGAUCUUCCCACAUGUCCACCACACACACAAACGAAGAAUUCAAGAGACCUCGAUGAGUUCAAAAGCAGCGGGAGGGAUAAUGGCGUCAUCCAACAUUCUCCGGCGGCAUCUUUUAAUGUUCCAGUCUUUGACGGCUCAUUAUUUUCUCCGCUAAUAUAUGAAAGUGGGGAGCUGCUUUCUAUCCUGUAGCUCGUCCGUAAACUGGAAAGUACUGAAGUCUCUGCGAUGAACAAAAGCUCUUUUCCGACCGUCGUCUCUUUUACCUGUGGCAUGACCGCUUCCCUCCUGCAGUGUCUCAAACUAUGCCAUGUCCAAAGGACGAUUAAAAAAAAAAAAAAAGUAGUGUAGGCUUUUAGAGCAAAACCCAUAUGGAGAGAUGUAACAUUUUACUAGUGAUUUGUGUUUCGAGUUGUAAGCAUUUGUGAGGAAAGUGGAGGAAUUGAUGCGGACGAACUGAACGGAGAGCAUGCGUCCAACUGUAUGAUACUGUAGCUCAGUUCUCUUUUCCUUUGCUGUUCUGCUAUGUUCACACACAAAUUAAAUAUAUAUGCUUGAGAUGGAUCUUAUUCUAGCUGUUAGUUCCUUUAAUUGUCUAAAUAAAAUGCAUUUUUUUCAUCUGUAAUGUACAAAUGUAUUUAAAGAUGUGCACGUGUAGAAAACAGAACUAAUUCAUCGCUAAUAAAUAAAGAGGUAUGUAACAUAUGUCAUGUAUUUAUUUGAAUCAUGACAUUUAUUCCAGUUUAUUAUGAAAUUUAUUAUUAUAUAUAUAUUUCUGUUGUGCUUUGGCUUGGUAAAAUUUCACUGAACGAUUCAAAGAAACUUUAAUAAAAAAGUAAGCCUCCCAAAUGA